GAACGUCUUUUGUUUUUACACAUACUGGCCAAUCUAUAAAUAUACUAACCGCUGUUCUGAAGUUAUCAGUUUCGUCAAUCAAAAGAAAAACUACAAACCUAACAAAAUGAAGUGUGUACCAUAUUUGUUGUUUCUUGCAUUCCUGUUCGUGGUCUUUGCUGAAGAAACUCCAGUAGAAACGGAAGAAGAAGCCGUAGCAGUAGAAACAGCUCCCCAAGAUUUACCGAAGAAAACAAAAAGAGGCAUAUAUGGAUAUGGGGGUUAUGGAUACGGGAGAGGCUACGGAUAUGGAUAUCCAUUGUAUGGUUACAAAAGUUACGGUCUCUAUGGUGGUUACGGUGGUUAUGGUGGUUACGGUGGUUUCUACGGAGGUUACUAUCCCUAUUAUUCCCUGGGAUAUCAUGGAUUUGGUGGAUAUGGAGGAUAUGGGCAUGGUUUAUAUGGUUGGUAGAAUAUAUUCCAAAUAUAUUCAAUCUCAAAUUAUAAUCACUUUAUUAUGUAUAUAUUCAAUAAAAAAUUGCCAAUAAAAUGUC